GCCAGUGAAGUGCGGCCGGCGAUGAGAGCGAAAGUUGCGCUCGGCUCGGCGCUGGGGGCUUAACGCGGCCCCGCGCUCCGCCCGCCAGGGCCGCCCCCAGCUCCAGCUCGCGCCCGCCGCGCGCGCCAGGCCCCCGCGCCAACCCGCAAACCCCUCCCCCUGUCCCGGCGCCCCCUCCUCAGGAGCCGGGGGUCCCCGUCACUUUUGCACGGCCCCGGCCCCCGCCGAUGCCGGCCAUGGUGGAGAAGGGCCCCGAGGUGUCAGGGAAGCGCAGAGGAAGGAACAACGCGGCCAGCGCGGCCGCCUCGGCCGCCGCGUCGGCCGCCGCCGCCGCCUCGGCCGCCUCCGCCUCCGCCUCGGCCGCCUCAGCCGCCUCGGCCGCCGCCUCCUCCGCCGCCGCCUCCGCCGCCUCGGCCGCCGCCGCCGCCGCCCCCAGCAAUGGGCAGAAUAAAAGUUUGGCGGCGGCGGCGCCCAAUGGCAACAGCAGCAGCAACUCCUGGGAGGAAGGCAGCUCGGGCUCGUCCAGCGACGAGGAGCACGGUGGCGGCGGCAUGCGGGUGGGACCCCAGUACCAGGCGGCGGUGCCCGACUUCGACCCCGCCAAAUUAGCAAGACGCAGUCAAGAACGGGACAAUCUUGGCAUGCUGGUCUGGUCACCUAAUCAGAAUCUAUCAGAAGCAAAACUGGACGAGUACAUCGCCAUCGCGAAGGAGAAGCACGGGUACAACAUGGAACAGGCUCUUGGGAUGCUCUUUUGGCAUAAACAUAAUAUUGAAAAGUCAUUGGCUGAUUUGCCCAACUUUACCCCCUUCCCAGAUGAGUGGACUGUGGAGGAUAAAGUGUUGUUUGAGCAAGCCUUUAGUUUUCAUGGGAAGACUUUCCAUAGAAUCCAACAAAUGCUCCCUGACAAGUCCAUAGCAAGUCUGGUGAAAUUCUACUACUCUUGGAAGAAGACGAGGACUAAGACCAGCGUGAUGGACCGCCACGCUCGCAAGCAGAAGCGCGAGCGGGAGGAGAGCGAGGACGAACUAGAAGAAGCGAACGGAAGCAACCCCGUGGACCUCGAGGCCGACCAGAGCAAAGAGAGCAGGAAGGAGGUGCCCCCUACUGAGACAGUUCCUCAGAUCAAGAAAGAAAAGCAUAGUACUCAAGCUAAAAACAGAGCAAAAAGGAAACCUCCAAAAGGGAUGUUUCUUUCUCAAGAAGAUGUGGAGGCCGUGUCUGCCAACGCCACUGCUGCCACCACGGUGCUGAGACAGCUGGACAUGGAGUUGGUGUCCAUCAAGCGACAGAUUCAGAAUAUUAAGCAGACAAACAGUGCUCUCAAAGAAAAACUCGAUGGUGGAAUAGAGCCGCACCGACUUCCAGAGGUCACCCAGAAGAGUAACGCGCGCUGGACCACAGAGGAGCAGCUCCUUGCAGUACAAGCCAUCAGGAAGUACGGCCGUGAUUUUCAGGCCAUCUCAGAUGUGAUCGGGAACAAGUCGGUGGUACAAGUGAAGAACUUUUUUGUAAAUUACCGACGUCGCUUCAACAUAGACGAGGUUUUACAGGAGUGGGAGGCGGAGCACGGGAAGGAGGAGAGCAACGGGCCCGGCGGCCAGAAGCCCGUCAAGAGCCCGGAGCACCCCAUCAAGGUCUCCGACGAGGACGACGAGGCUGCUUCCGUCCUUGACGUCAGAUACGCAUCUGCCUCCUGAGAAGCUCCGGUGGCUCCAGCACUUGGUAUGGAUGACUGUGUCACCCAGGGUAUCAGGUAUUACCAGACAUCACCUAGCCAUCUGCAUCCCAUCUCUGUGGACAAGCAGCUAUAACCAAAAAAGGCAUACACUUCCGGUCCUGUGCUGCAUCUGCCUUAAAUCUUCGCUCGUUCCUCUGUGUCGGCGCCACUCCCCGGAGAGCUCCGUGCAUCUCCCCGUCUGCGUGCGUGCCGGGGCAGGGGUCACUGGCCCGCACGCGCCUGAGCCUGGGGGCCGCCCCCCCGGGUGGAACGCCAGAGCCCACCGGUGGCAGCUCUUCCCGUCAGCAGCCCCAGAGCAGGCGGCCCACCCAGAAGGCACGACGCUGCUCCUGCAUGGCCUGCGGCUCCUACUUUGUGCAUAACGUCAUUCCCAGAGUGACUGCGACCCUGCUGGCCUUCUAGAAGUUUCUCUUGUUCUUUCCUGAGGCAUCCACCUAAGCGAGAUCAUGCUUUUUUGGAAAUCACAGUAUACUGGCAGACUGCAUUAUAACCUUCAUUGUGCCAAACACCCUGAUCCAACCCUCCUCUCCCUGACAGGAGGGUGAGACUGUGGUCCGUAAACCCGGUUAGCCGAGCCCCCCUCGCCCCCCCCAGUCGGUAGGCGCUGGUGCGCAGCAGCGCGCUCUGGACACGCAGCCAGCGGGACGUGGACCUCGGCGCUUCCUGCCUUCGGCUCUCGGCGCUGCAGCCCCCGGGUGGGCGCCUGCCCCCCACCCCCGAGUCCCGGUCCCCACCUCCACCACCCGACUCCAAGAGAUCUGGUCCGUACCACUGUACCUGGUGCUUGUACAUUUGGAAUUGGUGCCUUCUCCCUCUGGCAGCCACGUUCUCCGUCCUGUUUCUGUUCCAGUGUCUCAUUUCUUCUCUGCCGUCCACUGCUUGCCAAAGACGCCGCCGCCGGGGCCGGGGUGGGGGGCUCGCCGCAGACCCCGACCGUGCAGACGCUAGGUGUCAGGCUCGCUGGACACGGGGCAGCAGGCCAGCUGGCGGGGCUUUCCAGAGUGCACGUUGUCCCCGUCCCGCCUGGCCUUCCACAGGUCACUCCACACACCCCUCGGUCCUGCGCGUCCCGGGGGGACCGCAGCACCGCCCUCUCUCUCCACGGCACAGUACAGGCCCGAGCAGUGCACUCUGCGGGUUCUGGAGGGGCAAGACGGGGAGGGACAGUCCUCAGAGUGGCGUGUGCUGCCUUCUGGCCGGACGGGGGACAAGGGAAGCGUCUCAUCCACACCCGGAGACUUCCAGAGUCACUUCUCUCCUCUCGGCAGACCGUGGGCCUGCCGAGGGCUGGCAGGGUCGGACCGGCCACCGGGACCUGACGUCGCCCAUUCCCUGCCCACAGUUGGCUCGGCCUGCACCAAACAGGCUAAAGGAGCUUUUUGUUUCGUUUUUGCAUCAUUUAAAUGUUUCUCCUGCUUUCAAUACCAAAAAGAAAAAAGAUGCAGAUGCUUUAAGGCGGCAUAAACAGAAUUCUUAAGAACUUAAAAUAUGCAACUAAAAUUCGAUGUGUUUUGACUCUCAAGCACCUUGCUUUUUUUUUUUUUUUUUUUUAAGUCAGCUGACUUUCUCUUUAGAAAGAGGGUUGGCUGAAAUCACCGGUUUUUGGGAAUUGGAUGUGUUUGUUGGGAAUGGAGACAAAGGUCAUUCAGAAGAAGGGAGGAAGAGGGGACUUCCCCGCUGGCGGCGUCUCGUCCCUGCUCCGGGUGUCUGGGGGCCAGGCAAGAGGGGGAGGCGGGCAGAGGGCAGUCACGGCUCACGGUCCCGCGUGGGCGGGGGCAGAAGAACACUAGGGCGCGCCGAGCCUCGGCGUUCCUGGCGGCGUGAGCCCGUGGCGUGGUCGCAGGCGGCGGAGCACACGGGCAGGAGCGGGCCUGCGUUUUGCACAUCGCUGCUAGGGGACCCUAGGCGUGAACAGAAGAAACUUGAGUCGUUCCUUCCUCCUCCUCGUGGCCGCCUUCCUCUUCGCAGAAGCAGGAGGCUGUCUCCUGCAGGGGUUCUCCCUCCGCCGGUCGGUCUGUUCCUCUCCUCCCGCCCAGGCUGUUUUCCUUAAGAACCGCCGAUCCCUUCUGGCAGCGCUGGGGAGCUUGUCCUGGUCCUCCUGCCGCGUGGUGGGCACGCCGCAGCGCCAGGCCUGUCUGCUCUGCACCACCCGCCCUUGCUUCCUGGCACCACACGCCCUUGGGUCCCGGAGACGCCCUGGGCUGGUCUUCUCGCCGGCGCGGCAGCUGCCCGGGCGCUCUUCGGGGGAGAGGGGCGCGUCGUUUCCCUGCGCCAGGAGGAGGAGAGACGGCCGUCCUUGCCCGCCCGCCUUCGCUGUGGUCUCACGCACACGGUAGCACUGUGUUUUCCACCGUUCCAUUACGCUGUCUUUGCAAUGAUGUUGGAAAUGCAAGAAAUCACUUUGCUUUAAAAGUGAAGCGAUCUGGUCUUAUUUGUGCGAAGACCCUUUUAAACAUAUCAAGACUUGGGUGCGUCAGCAGGUCGUGCUUGGAUGUGUCAGGGUCCACGGUGACAACUGCCUCGGAUGCAACGCUCACUUAAGCUUUGUCUUCUUAAGAAUUAUCAAUGUGAAUGUCAUAAUUAUAUAUAUAUUUUUGUGGAAAAUUUCUCCUGAGUAUAAGUUAUUGUGGAAAAUAUAGUACCAUUGAAACAAAUGAUAGUUUUAGUUUAGAAAUCCUAAAAGAUAUAAAUUGUAUUGCAUAUGCAUUAAAAGUUUGUCUUAUUUAAUUUUAUGUAGAUGUGUAAAGUGUUAGGUAAAUUUUUUUCACUUAUCCAUCGAGAUACCUUGUUACUUGAAUAUUGUGUUGGCUGGUUUGAAACAGCGAUCAACCCCACGACGUAGCUCUUCUACCCAGAGAGCGGCCCUGCCCGCGCUGCGCCGACAGAUGAGCGGCGUGGGGGGCCAGAGGUCAGUGCGGCACCCCCACGGCGCCGUCUCCGUGGGUGCGUGACCAAGACACCAGUUCCGUGAAAUGGUUCUUGACAGUUUUUAACCUGUAAGACCCUUUGAUGGUCGCAAACCUCCUAUCGAAAAAUGAAUAUGAAAAACUAGUUGUUCUGCAACUUAACUAUGGUGGACUAAUUAAGCAGUUGUUUUCUGUGUAUAUAAAGUUUCCUCAAAUGCCACACACCAUCGUAAGUGUGCUCAUUGUCACUUUAAAUUUCAGCUGUCCCUGUUUUUGUCUGAAUAUCAGAUGUACCAUUGGUAUAACUGCACACCAAAAACAAGCCGAACAGUGCAUUACACUAACUGGACCCCUGCUUACGUGAGCACAGGAAAGGCGGAGCCCACCCAGUCGGGACCCUCGCUGUCUCUUGCUAGCCCGUUUCCAAACCUGCCCACCCAGGGUUCGAGCUCUCACCGUCAGGUGAGACUUUGCCUCCACUGACUCCAGGACGUUCGCUCACGUGGGCGGCCUCGCGCCGUGCUCCGCGCAGGCGCCCUCUGCGGCCGGGCCUCCGCCGCUAACCCUCGCGGAGCGGAGCGCAGCCGUGGCCGCGGGACAGUCCGGAGGACGCGGCCCGGCCUGCGCAUGUCGCCUGGCAACGAGUGUUUACAGUCACCUUGGAAACCGCGGUCUGUCCCGGAGCGGAGAGUUCCAUUAUGUAGACUUAUCAACUUUGCUAAGUGCUUUUUAGAUUGCUUAAAACUUUUUCAAGAUUUUAAAAGAUGUAUAAGGUUAAGUUUGCAAAUAUAAUGGAAAUGCUGUAUAUCUUUUGGAGUGGUAAAAUCCACACUGGGAUUUUAAAGAGAAGAUGUUGUAAUAAUGCUGUGUAAGUAAUAUUUUAAUGUCUCUUUUUGCCUGUUUUCUAUCUCAGUACAUUCAUUAUGGUGAAUGUUCAUAGCAUUAUAAUUGCUUAGCCACUGGGUAAUGACAUUUGUUAGUGGAGAUUGGAAAAUUUAUUUGUGAAAUUCUGCAGAAUUCAUUUUUCUAUUUCCAAUAUUUGCUGAAGUUAAAUAAAAAUUUUCAAGCCAUUGAUGUAAUAAAAUACGAAACAAAACA